AUGACAAAUUGGCAAUCGGAAGAGUCGAGUAGCCGUGAAUUCGUCGGCUCGGCUAUGCAACACAGGCACGCUUACACUCUACCUGUUUUGCAUUUACGAAUCAAGGAAACAACCACGGUAUUAGGAAUCAGGACUACAAAUUCGCCGGCAAAGGGUGUGCGUAAUGACUUUCAGAUUCGCGUGGUUCACUUUGUCUUCGAGAAGCGAGUGCAAUUGAGAGGCCACUGGCGAGAACUGGCGUAUUAUAGUAUAGAUCGACUGUUAUUUGUUUAUAACAAGAACAACUACGAAGCUGCAGAUUGGUACGGGGUUUGGGGUCUACAGGGUGUUUUAAAUGGGAGCUGA